AUGCUGCAAGAAAAGGACCAUUUAGAACUUUUGAAACUGUUAGCACGUUAUGAUACGCUGUUAGAACAAUUACAAAGAACCAUGAGUGAAGGUUUUAGCCAGCUUGGCAGGGCUAACUACCAUAAUAAGGAUUCACUAAGAGGUAGAUACGGCAGUGAUUACUGGGAUAAAUCCUAUGAAGGGCAUUUAAGAGUACAAUUAGGUGAAAAAGAAUUGAGUAUUAGACGCCAAGAGGAAAGCGACUCCACCCCCAAGGAGGAACUUCAGGAUGAGAAGUCGUUAAGAAGACGUGGUGGUGAAAAGACAGAAUCAACUGCGAACCCUCGAAAAAAGAAGGACCCCAUCACAAUGUUUGGAGGAGCACUUUCAACUCCUAUGUCACUGAGACAAUCGCAGUCACAUUUCAAAGGAAGCAUUCCAUUAAUGGCCGAAUUGAUUAAUUGUAGGCGACGUAUUGAAUUGAUUAUUACAACGAGCGAAAAGCCAAUAAUAAACUAA